GUGAAGAACAGUCUACAUAAAGAAAAAUCAAAACUGAAUACUUGCAUCCACAUUGUUUCUGGAAGUGUAAGAACUGACACAUCUAGUGUUUGCAAUGGCAGAAGAAGUGAUGUUGAUUGGUGCUAAGGGAAGCCCAUUUACCCGCAGAGUAGAGACUGCUCUGAAAAUGAAGGGUGUCCAAUAUGAAUUCAUGGAAGAAGAUGUGUCAAACAAGAGUCCUCUUCUUCUCAAGUACAACCCUGUGCAUAAAAAAAUUCCUGUGCUCUUGCACAAUGGUAAGCCAAUUUGUGAGUCUCUUGUUAUAAUUGAAUACAUUGAUGAGACUUGGAAGGGUACUCCCAUCUUGCCCGAAGAUCCUUAUGAAAGAGCCAAGGCACGUUUCUGGGCAAAGUUCAUGGAUGACAAGUGCUUGCAACCAUUGUGGAAGUCUUGCUCGAGCCAAGGCGAGGAACAAGAGAAGGCCAAGGAAGAAGCCUGUGAACUCCUGAAAAUUCUUGACAAUGAACUCAAGGAUAAGAAAUUCUUUGGAGGAGACACCAUUGGACUGGCUGAUAUUGCUGCUAAUUUCAUAAGUCAUUGGUUUCUAAUUAUCCAGGAAGUAACAGGUGUUGAGGUUUCAACAAAAGACAAAUACCCAAAACUAUACGAAUGGAUCGAUGAAUUUGUCAACUGUAGCAUUAUCAAGGAAAAUUUGCAUCCCAAAGAAGAACUCGUCGCCGUUUUCCGAGGUCGCCUCCAAGCCGCUACUGCUACUAAAUAAAUAACACAAUGAUGUUGCAUCUGCUACUCAUAGACCGUGAAGUUAAUCUAUGUUAAAUAAACUCUUGCAGAAUCACAGGCUUGAGACCACCCUCUUCCUAUAUGAUUUCUAUGUUGUGUCUUGUGUUGGGGUUGAACGUGUUGUUUGGGUUUAGCCAUUUGAUAUUGUUAGUGUGGAUUAAGGGCUUAAUGUCAUUGUAAUUUAUGUAAAAGUCAUCUACUUUUAGUAGACGUUCAGCUUAUUACUGAGCUUUGUUUAUGUAUGAGCUUCCAAUUAGCUAACAGUUGCUCCAAAAUUUAUUUCAAUCAACAGAAU